AAUCGUAUCUUUCCCAAAGGCAAGCUUCUUCUCUUCAAUCGCGCUGUACCGGUUUCACCAUCCCAAAUCCCGGGGGAAAUUAGAUUUGUUUCUCUGUCGCGAGAAUCAUCAUCGACCUCCUCGCCGUCACCGAUCCCAAUCGAGACUCCCUGCGAUGUGGUGACCUCUCUCUCUCCCGCUGGUCUACGAUUGCUCUCUCGGGGGUAGCCUUGUGAAUAAUUAGGGGUUUUUCUACGAUUCGAUCGCGUGCUUCUCGACACUGUAUUCGCUGCUAGAUUAGAUUUCGGAUCAUUCUCAAAUGGCAGCGGCGAGGCCGGCGGGGAGCCAGGAUCUGUUCGAUGCGUAUUUCAGGAGAGCGGAUUUGGAUGGAGAUGGCCGUAUCAGUGGAGCUGAGGCUGUCGCUUUCUUCCAAGGCUCUAAUUUGCCUAAGAACGUCCUUGCUCAGGUAUGGUCUUACGCAGAUGCGAAAAAAGCUGGUUACCUUGGUCGAGCGGAGUUUUAUAAUGCUCUAAAGUUGGUAACUGUGGCACAAAGUAGACGGGAAUUAACUCCUGAGAUAGUCAAGGCUGCAAUCUAUAGUCCUGCUUCGGCGAAUAUCCCUGCUCCCAAAAUAAAUCUUGCUGCGACACCCUCUCCACAGCCCAGGGGAGUUGUGCCUGCUACACAAGCUCAGGGAGGUGCGUCACUGCCAUCAGUACCGGCUGGUAUGAGAGUUCCUCAGAUGGGUGGAACCGUAAGCACUAGUAACCAACAAGGCCAGCAGAACCAAUUUAAUGGGCCACCUCCAUCUCAACCACAGAAAAACUUUCAAAGCCAGGGUAUGCCAGCUGGAGGGACUAGUGCGCAUCGUCCUGCAACCCAACCUAUGCCAUCUGAUCGGCUCAGCGGCAGGAGUGUUGGGCCCUCUGGGCAUGUAAAUUCUCAAAUUCCUUCGAAUCAAAGUGGGUAUGGUUUGACAGCACCUAACUCAAUUGCGAACAAUAUACCAAAACCGCAUAUGACACCUGCAGUAAUAAGCUCUACAACCGCCAGACCUCAAGAAUCAGCGCCUGUGCAUAAGCCCCAAGAUUCAUCUGCUCCUUCUGAUGCUCCAUCCAAUCAAUUGGUAGCCAAGGAUCCAAAGGAACUGGCUGCAUCAGGAAACGGUUUUCCCUCUGACUCACUUUUCGGAGAUGUGUUUACAGUUGCUUCCUCGCAGCCAAAACAACAUUCUACGGGAACUAUGUCGACAAUGGGCAUCUCAUCUUCUUCUGGUACAACUGGCUCUACUGUUGGAGUUGGGCUUGCAGCUUCCAGUCAGAUGACCCAGCGUCAGUCUCAGCACCAACCACAACCCCACCCCCAACCUCAACUCCAACCCCAACACCAACCCCACCCCCACCCGCAAGCCCCUUGGCCAAGAAUGAAUCCAGCUGACGUCCAGAAAUAUACAAAGGUAUUUGUGCAAGUUGACACUGAUAGGGACCGCAAGAUCACUGGGAACCAGGCUCGGAAUCUGUUCUUAAGUUGGAAGCUCCCGCGAGAGGCUUUGAAGCAGGUAUGGGACUUAUCUGAUCAAGAUAAUGAUAGCAUGCUUUCCUUGAGAGAGUUCUGUAUUGCUGUCUAUCUAAUGGAGCGUUAUAGAGAGGGCCGACCUCUUCCCCCUGUGUUCCCAAACACUAUAAUAUCUAGUGAGAGCAUGUUUACCUCUCCUAGUCAAUCUGUGGCACCACAAGGCAAUGCAUCCUGGGGACAUACACAUGGUCAAUUUCAAGGGGCAUCGAGGCCACCAGCUAUUCCCAAAGGAAAGCCUCCAAGACCGGUCCCUCUCUCUCCUAGUGAUGGAAUGGUCCAGUCAACUCAGCCAAAGCGUAAAAUGCCUGAGUUGGAAAAACAUCUGGUGGAUCAACUUAGCAAAGAGGAGCAAGAUUCGCUCAACUCAAAAUUUGAAGAAGCCACUGCUAUUGAUAAAAAGGUGGACGACCUUGAAAAGGAAAUAGCUGAUUCCAAGCAGAAAAUUGAGUUCUUCCAUGCUAAGAUGCAGGAACUUGUUUUAUACAAGAGUAGAUGUGACAACCGGUACAAUGAGAUUACGGAGAGAGUCUCGGGUGAUAAACGUGAGCUUGAAUCUCUAGCAAAAAAAUACGAGGAGAAAUACAAGAAGUCUGGCAAUGUAGGCUCUAAAUUGACUAUUGAAGAGGCAACAUUCCGCGAUAUACAGGAGAAGAAAAUGGAAUUAUACCAGGCCAUAGUCAAAUUUGAAGAAGGCAAGCUUGAUGAUAAUAUUGUUAAGGAGCGCACUGAACACAUCCAAUCGGGCCUUGAGGAACUGAUUAAAAAUUUGAAUGAGCGCUGCAAACAAUACGGAGUACGUGGCAAACCCACUUCUCUGGUGGAGCUUCCUUUUGGUUGGCAAUUUGGAAUCCAAGAAUGUGCUGCUGAUUGGGAUGAAGAUUGGGAUAAGCUAGAGGAAGAAGGGUUUACCUUUGUCAAGGAGCUUACACUUGAUGUCCAAAAUGUCAUUGCCCCACCAAAGGAAAAAUCAUCUACUUGGAAGAAAGAAGCCACCGUCUCUUCAAAUGAAGGUGAAAACCUUUCAUCCUCAGAUGUUGAGUCUAAAAAGGAGAAAAAUCCAAGCAGUGGAGAAGAGGCAUCUGGACAUGUAGACGGUAAAACAGAUAGAAACGGAUCUCUGGAUGACUCUAUUGUUAGAAAGGGUGUUGAAGCUGAUGGUUCACCCGGAACCAAAGAUACGAGGAGUGAAAAUGGCCAUGAUGAUGGUGAAUCUACUGCUUCUGCUGGCAAAACUGCAAACGAACCUAGUUAUGACUCUCACGAUGAGACAGAUUCAGUUUCAAGCUUCAACCCUGACAACGGAAAGGACAAGAAGCAUGAUAGUGAUUUUGGAUUCGGGUUCGGAUUCGAUGACUUCAGCAUUAAGCCUAUAAAAACUGGUUCCACCCUAUCAAAUGACUUCCUCCCUCCUAAGCUAUUUAUAUUUUCUGAUUCUGUCCCAAGCCCCCCGGCAAAUGCAAACGACGGUUUCACUCCAAAACCUUCCUUGUUUGCUGAUUCUGUCCCGAGCACUCCAGCAACAACCACUGCCUCUUACUCAGGCAAUAAAUCAUACUUCGAUGAGUCUGUUCCAAGCACUCCUGCUUACGCAGGUAAAUCAUACUUCGACGACUCGGUUCCAAGCACUCCUGCUUAUCCUGGAAACUUGUUUCCCGAGAAGAAAUCCUUCUUCGACGACUCCGUCCCAAGCACACCUGCUUAUAGCACGUCUGAUUUUGGCGGGAAGCCGUUCGCAUCAGAGACUCCUCGUUCAGACAACUUGUUCCCAGGAAGAAGUCCCUUCAUGUUCGACUCUGUCCCAAGCACACCCGCUGCACACGAUGACUUCUCUUCCAACAGCUUCUCCCGCUUCGAUUCAUUCAACAGCAAUAACAACAACGACGCUUUCUCUCUAUCCCGCUCAGACUCCAUGCGCAGCACAAGCGAGCCAGACCCAUUCGCGUCUAGGUUUGAUUCUUUCAACUAUCAGAGAUAUGAUUCCUUCAAUGCACAAAGCUAUGACAACAACAACGCAUCAGAGACACCUAAAGCUUCGUUGACGAGGUUUGACUCGAUUGGAAGCACCAGAGACUCUGAUUACAGUCACGGAUUUGGGUUCGAUGAUCAUGACCCGUUCGGUUCUACCGGACCAUUCAAAACAACGACAAGUACAGCUGAGACACCUCGGAGCUCUGAUCAUUGGAAUGCCUUCUAGCCCUCGAAGCCCACGUGUGAUAUGAUUAUAUGAAUAUCAAAUAUCAAAUAGUUUACUGUUUUUCUCAGAGUCGGAAGAGUUCUAUGUAUUGGUUUGGUUUGAUCGCUGCUUGCUUCAUUUUUGUUGUUAAUAUAUAAUAGUUAUUUUGCCAUUUUUAAAGAUUUAUUUUGGUCUCCGAGUAGUUUCCUUUCUCUGCUCUCCUUUGUUGUGAUAAAUAUUUGUUCCUGUUAAACAGAAAAUUUAUUGCAUCU